ACUGUUUGCUGUCAGUCGGGCUGUGGACAGCAUGUGUUUUUGUUUUGUUGAGAAAUAUGAAGACGGAAAAACAGAAAAAAUCAAAUUUUUCACCAAAAUCUCAGAAUAAAAAUCGCAAAAUUGACAGAAAGAACAACCCAAAAGGCAAGCAGGAAGGAAAACCCACGACCCAAGUGUUUUACGUGGUGAAUCCACAAAAAUUAAAAGCACUAACCACAAAAAAGGCAGCUGAGGAAAAACGUUUGAGAAUCCAGGAGGAAAGGGAGAAGAGAUCAAAGGAAAUUGAGCAGAAGAAAAAGGCAAAGAUCCAGAGAAAUAGACAAUUGAGCCAGAAGACAAAACGAGGUCAGCCUGUUAUGAAAAACCAAAUUGAGUUCCUGCUCAAUAAGAUUCAGUCAAAAAUCUCCCAGGAAUAAAAAGAGAAUAUCCUCUGUCAGCAAAAUGGACCAGAAGACGGCUCUGCAUAGAUUUCAUCAUGGGGCUUUCCUGAUAAUUGCAGGGGUACCCCCAAAAACGGAGUUUGGAAUCGAUUGUAGCAAAUUUGUGAUUGCAGAAAAAUUUCGGGGAGUCAAGAUGAUUCCGCCGGGGCCACAUUUUGUCUACUGCGCUUCAGUGGGACCUUUUGGAGACACUGCCCCAAGAGUGGGAUUCAUGCACUGCUUCAGAGAACGGGAGAUUGUAAUUAGGGAAUGGGAUGCGGAAACAGAGGAAUUAAGAAUUCGCACAAAGGGCGAUCCUGAGGUCGAGAAACAAUUCAUCCAAGAGAAUAUCCGAGAAUUUGAUGAACUUCUGGCUCCCUACGACUACGACAGUCUCCCCAAAUGGCACAAUCUCACCACCUACGUAACAGCUGAGACUGUGUUAAAUCUUUCACCGAGUUGUGGAAUCAUUCGAACCUGUGCAGAUCUUCUGUCCUGUUCAAAUGACGAUAGACCAAGAGGAGGUGGUACUUGCAGCCAAUCCACAAGCCCAAAAUCCCACAAAAUCGACUUGCUCUUUGACGAAGACAAUCUCCUGCCGCAACUUAAGCCAAUCCCUGGAACAGCACCAAAUUUCACAAAGAUUCCUCCGAGAUUUUGCAAAGAAGCCUCUCCUGCAGAGAUCACCAGCAGCUUCAUGGAUUCCAUUGUGGCUUUAGAUAAACUGAUGGGGUCCUUUUCGACCCAGGAAAGUCUCCUGGCUGAGAUACAGUUUUCCUUUGCUCUAUUUGUGGCUGGAUGUUCAACUGAUGGACUUGCUCAUUGGCGAAAAAUCCUUGCAAUAAUCUGCAAUACAGAAGAAGGGAUCCAGAAAUACAAGGAUUUCUAUAGGAAAUUUCUAUUAUGUGUUCAGUAUCAGCUCCCGCAUCUGCCUGUAGAAGUUAUGCAGCCCUCAUCAGAGAACACCGUUUACCAGGAUGUCCGGAAACUCGUGGCAAACUGUAUCUUGGGCAAGGUUCGAGAUGUGGAUCAUUUCAAGAGCUAUUUGAGCGAAACGAUGUUAUGGACUUUUGAAGACAUCUUCGAGGAGGAUCCUGAAGAUUUACCUGUUAUAGUGGAAUGUACAUGACUCAUUUUGUAAAUUUUCCCUUAAACUGCAAAAUAAAAUUUCAUCUCUGGAUAA